GGGUCGUGAGCGGGCGAAGGGGCAGGCUGGGUGCUGCCCUCCCGUUAGCCGCUCCGGCGCCACUGUGACAGUCGGUGGCGAGGACGUGGACGGAAAGAAGCGGCACGCGCCCCGCAGUGCUGGUGCCCGCGGGUCUCCAGGAUGCUCGCCGGUCCCGUCGGGAUUCCUCCCCAGGGCUGUCUUCCUCCUCCUCCCCAGCUGCGGGACCUGUGGGGCCUGACCCCAACCUCAUCUCUACCUGCUCCCCUCGCGCGAGCGCCAGGCACUAGCGCCCCAGCCAGAUCCCACUAAAAACGAUGACAGCCGUUUAUCUAGCGGUUUAAGACCUUCGCGUUCAAGGGCUGAUCGAAAAAUACGGUGGGAGUGACCUCUCAGAAGACUAUGAAGCUACUUCCUGCCUCAAAAUCUAGAACUACACAAAAGGUGGUUAUUGGAGAUCACGAUGGGGUAGUUACAUGCUUUGGCAUGAGGAAGGGAGAAGCAGUGGCAGUGUUCAAAACUUUACCAGGGCAGAAGAUUGCAAGACUGGAACUAGGAGGAGCUCUUAACACACCUCAGGAGAAAAUUUUUAUUGCUGCAGGAUCUGAAAUCAGAGGCUUCACAAAGAGAGGAAAACAGUUCCUUUCUUUUGAAACAAACCUCACAGAAUGCAUUAAAGCUAUGCACGUAUCUGGCUCUGACCUGUUUCUCAGUGCAAGUUACAUCUAUAACCAUUAUCGUGACUGCAAAGACCAACAUUAUUAUCUUUCCGGGGAUAAAAUCAACGAUGUCACCUGCCUUCCAGUAGAAAGAUUACCUCGAAUUACACCAGUAUUGGCAUGCCAGGACAGAGUGCUCAGAGUUUUACAGGGAUCUGAUGUGAUGUAUGAAGUUGAAGUUCCUGGUCCACCUAGUGUCUUAGCACUACACAACGGAAAUGGCGGUGACUCUGGAGAAGAUGUUUUGUUUGGAACCUCAGAUGGGAAACUUGGACUUACUCAGGUCACAACCUCCAAACCAAUACACAAGUGGGAAAUUCGAAAUGAAAAGAAGAGGGGAGGUAUUUUAUGUAUUGACAGCUUUGACAUUAUGGGUGAUGGGGUUAAAGAUUUACUUGUUGGGAGAGAUGAUGGAAUGGUGGAAGUGUAUAGUUUUGAUGAUGCAAAUGAACCUGUUCUACAAUUUGAUCAGAUGUUGUCUGAAAGUGUCACAUCCAUCCAAGGUGGUUGUGUAGGGAAAGACAGUUACGAUGAAAUCGUGGUGGCCACAUACUCAGGCUGGAUUACAGGUCUGACAACAGAGCCUAUUCAUAAGGAAAGUGGACCUGGAGAAGAACUAAAAAUUAAUCAAGAGAUGCAGAAUAAAAUUGCUUCUUUACGGAGUGAAUUGGAACAUUUGCAGUAUAAGGUACUACAGGAAAGAGAGAACUAUCAACAGGCUUCUCAGUCAAGCAGAGCAAAAACAGCUGUAUCUGCAAUUAGUGUAAAUGACAAGUUUACAUUAAAUAAAGAUGAUGCUAGCUAUAGCCUUAUUUUAGAGGUGCAGACUGCAAUAGAUAAUGUCUUAAUACAGAGCAAUGUUCCAAUAGAUUUACUUGAUGUGGAUAAGAAUUCUGCUGUUGUUAGCUUUAGCAGCUGUGAUUCUGAGUCAAACGACAACUUUCUUCUUGCCACUUACCGGUGCCAGGCAAAUACCACAAGACUGGAGCUCAAGAUUCGCUCAAUUGAAGGCCAGUAUGGCACACUUCAAGCAUAUGUGACUCCAAGAGUUCAACCCAAAAUCUGUCAGGUCCACCAGUAUGACAUCAAACCUCUUUCACUUCAUCAGAGAACUCAUUUUAUUGAUCAUAACAGACCCAUGAAUAUACUGACUCUCACAGGUCAGUUCAGUUUUGCUGAAGUUCACUCUUGGGUGGUUUUCUGCCUUCCUGAAGUCCCUGAAAAACCUCCAGCAGGAGAAUGUAUAACAUUUUACUUUCAGAACACUUUCCUGGAUACACAACUUGAAAGCACCUACAGAAAAGGAGAAGGAGUUUUUAAAUCUGACAACAUUUCUACAAUUUCUAUUCUAAAAGAUGUGCUUUCUAAAGAAGCCACAAAAAGGAAAAUCAACCUCAACAUAUUAUACGAGAUAAAUGAAGUAUCAGUCAAACACACUUUAAAACUAAUCCACCCAAAGCUGGAAUACCAAUUGCUUUUGGCUAAGAAAGUGCAGCUAAUUGAUGCUUUAAAAGAAUUGCAGGUUCAUGAAGGAAAUACAAACUUCCUGAUACCAGAAUACCGUAGUAUUCUGGAAGAGGCUGAUCACCUACAGGAAGAAUACAAAAAGCAGCCUGCACAUCUUGAAAGACUCUAUGGAAUGAUUACGGAUCUUUUCAUAGAUAAGUUUAAAUUCAAAGGCACCAAUGUAAAAACCAAAGUACCUCUUCUACUAGAGAUUCUGGACAGUUAUGACCAAAAUGCAUUGAUUGCUUUCUUUGAUGCAGCGUGAAAGGUAAACAAGGAGUUAGAAUUGAUCUGCGGCAGGUUUCUUGCUUGCUUGGUAACAUUUUAUGACCCUUCUGAAGUUUGUGAAAUGCCUAGCUUGGCUCAGUUCUGUAAAUUACGGCCAGGGGAAUAAGCAGAGAAAAGGGACUUUAACUUGAUGCACCCAACCCAUCAUGCUGUAGAUGUACACAUUGAAGAGUGAUAGGCACUAAGGUUUUUCUUGCACUACUAUCCACUAACUUCCUUGUUAUUUAUACAUGAAGGAAAAUACACAAAUUACAGAAAUUUUGUGUAUUAAUCUUAAUUCAUAUUUCAGGAGAAUUUUGUAUUUAAAGGUUUUUAAAUGGCAUAAAGACAAUGGAAAGGAGCUAUUUUUUGUAUUUUCAAGAAGGGUAAAUGGAGCCGGGUGUGGUGGCACACGCCUGUAAUCCCAGCACUGUGGAGGUUAGGCAGGAAGAUCACUGAGUUCAAGGCCAGUCUGAACUGCACAUCAAGACCGUCUCAAAAGACUACAAAAACUAUGUUUUUAGAAAAUGAUUCUUAAUUAUGUACUGUCCUUCGAUAUUAAAUGGAAAAGAUUUGAUUAAGCCACAUAUGGUUUAAUUUUAUUUUAA